GAUUAGUGGGAUAGUACAUCGUAGUAUUGACGCAUUAACCCUGUUACUGUAAACAGCUGUCGUUGUCAAUUACUUGCUAUCACUUAUCAAAUAGAAAAAACUCGUUGAAUCGGCUGUUAUGGAGAGUGCAAAGUUACUUACCUAAAAUUGUUUGAACGCGAAAUGUGUCAAUGAAUAAAAGAUGUGGUAGAAAUUGUUCAUACGAUAAAAUAUUUAAGAUAUUAUGGUACAUCAUAGGACACAUAUGUAUGUAAUGCAAAUGAUAGCAACACAUUUAUGAAUCAGUGAAAAGUGACAUUUGCUUUUUAUUGUUAUGAUCACCUAACGGUAUGCAUUGUUUUGAACACAUCCUAGCCAUUAAUCAGUACUUCUUGUAUAGAUGAACUACAGAGUGUAUAUGUGCGAUCAAAAUAUUGCGGUAAUCAAUUUACAGUUAUAACAGGAUAGUGUGUGAUAAAAAGUUUAAGAAUAAAUAUUUUACUUGAUUACAGUGAGACGUUUAGCUCUGAAUGGCUCAUUAAUUGCAACUGGAUGUUCGUAGAAGAGUGCGGCUAUCUGGGAUAUUUGUGUUGUAACUGGAAUUAUAUGGACAGUUCGUGCAACAUUUUUUUACCUUGAUACUCGUUUGUGACGUGAAAUGCGUUGUCAUAGCAAAGCUCUAUCGUAACAUCAUCGGAGUAUGGCAGUUCGCUAUCCAUUGAUCAGAAGCCGGCAUGGAAGAUAUUCCGCCUUUCUGAGUUACAACAUGUCAAAAAGAAGGAAUAACAGAAAAGAAAGCAAUGACACACACAAUGUGUCCAGACAAAAGAACAAUACCGCAAAAGAAAGUAAAAAGAAUCUGAAGUCAGGAUCCAGUUUUGACCACUUGAAAGGUUCAUCAAGACACAUUUUGUUAUGUAUUAUAACUGUAAUUGUUGCAGUUAUUGCAUUUAAAUUCCAUAAUUCGUUCAUUGGGCAUUUAGAUAAUGUUGACAUUUCGAAAAGGAAUACAACUUCAGCUAAUAACGGAGGGUGGCGUGUAGCCGAUGAGGCUACACUCAAUCUCUACAAUAGUGAUCUCUGUACUGUUGAGCGUGUAAAAGCAGAAAGUUUGACAGUCAAUGAAUUUGAACGUAUUUACCGUUAUAAGAAACCUUUAAUAGUGCAGUUUAAAAAUGGAGCUGAUGAUUGGAUCGAAUCUGCCAAGUGGACCUUGAAUAGUCUGAAGGAAGAAUAUGGAGGGGAAGUGGUCCAUUCUGGCAAUGCUCGUGACAUAGUGAGGCAUGGUGGCAAUGGAUAUGUAGAAACAUCUUUCACUGAAUACGUGGACAAACUGAUGAGUGACAAAGACCAGAUCGGGGAACCAUAUUAUGUGUUUGACAGACUGUUCUACAAUGGAUCCUAUCUGACUGAGACUCUGAGACCGCCAAACUAUUUUGAAAUCAAAGAUGGUGUGGAUGACAGCAUAUUCUUUCUGGGCAGUUCUGGAUCAGGUGUUAGCUUUCACAAGCAUGCUGAUGCCUGGAACGGGGUCGUAUUCGGUCGCAAAAGGUGGUUCCUCUACCCAGUAGAACAAACUCCUCCUGGAGGUGUAUACCCUGGGUAUACUAUGAGGGAAUGGAUUGAACACAUAUACCCCACCCUGACGGCAGUGAAUAGACCCAUAGAAUGUAUCCAGGAACCUGGCGAAAUACUCUACCUGCCAGAGAGCACGUACCAUGGCACUGUGAACCUGGGAGAUACCAUAGCUCUGGGUAUACAGAAAAAGGAGGCAGUCACAACAGUGGAGAAACUCUUCUAUGAUGAGCACAAGUUGGCUCAGUCCAUGCGAGGAGUCAGCCAACAGACUCUAGCCAGUAUCCAGCAGAAAAAACUUCAGAUAAUGAAAGAGAUCUCAGGAUUAAUACCAAACAAUGCUGAAGUACAUAUGAAGCUUGGGGACCUGUACAAAGACAUUGGAGAGCUGGACAAGGCUGUAGAACAUUUGAAUGCGGCCAUUAAAAUUGACCCCCUGUUCCUCGUAGCCAUAAUGAAUCUUGCUGGGAUCAAGACCAAGAUGCAUGACUUUGUGAAGGCUGAGGAGCUGUAUCGCCAUGCCCUCGUCAUGAACCCCAAACUGUGGGACGUAUAUGCCCAGUAUGGAGAUUUCCUGAUGAUGACGAAUAGGGCCCAGGAAGCUGUGGCUAUAUACAGAAAGGGAACAGAGCUAGAGCCAAAUACACUUGCAUUCUGGAGCAAUCUACGUCAGGCCCAGGAUAUAGCUGGGGAUCAUGCAGGGGCAAGGUCCACACAGAAGGUCAUUGAUAAAUUGAACCGAAAACUGGACAAGCAUAAUUAGAGACUAUCACUCACAUUAUUGAUGAAUUGAACCAAAAAUUGGACAAUUUUGGCAGCAUGAUUGAACAUCAUCUGAAUAUAAUGUGUUGUUAUGUUUCUUUCUAUUUUUGAAGUUGUGUCAUUCUAAGGAUCUACUGGUAUUACAUGUACUGUACUCCCUGGUACUGAAAAUAUUUUUGCAGACUUGCAUUUAGAAUGACUGCUUUGUGGAGUUUUACUUAGGUAACUGAACUCCAGUCAAGUAAGAACUUUGUGGAAACAAGCACACAUUUGUUAUGAUUUAUGCUUCUGGUUUUUAACAUUGUUUUGCUACAUUCCAAAGUAUUUUUUCAUUCCAAUCUUUUACUUUCAAUUUAAUGUUUUGUCUUCCAAGAUACAUAACAUGUAUUCUUGUUGCUUUAGACGAUUGAAGUUUUUAUUGAAAACUUUCAUAAAUUUAUGCAUAAUGCAUACUCCUCACUGGUACAUAAUAUUCAUGCAAGUAGUGAUGUGAACAUGUGGCUUGAACUGUCUGUGUGUUAACAUGUGGCUUGAACUGUCUUUAUUUUAACAUGUGGCGUGAACUGUCUCUAUGUUAACAUGUGGCUUGAACUGUCUCUAUGUAAACAUGUGGCUUGAACUGUCUCUUUGUAAACACGUGGCUUGAUCUGUCUCCAUGUUAACAUGUGGCUUGAACUGUCUCUAUGUAAACAUGUGGCUUGAACUGUCUCUAUGUGAACAUGUAGCUUGAACUAUCUCUAUGUUAACAUGUGUUUACAUAUGGCUUGAACUGUCUAUAUGUUAACAUGUGGCCUGAACUGUCUCUAUGUUAACAUGUGGCUUUAACUGUCUCUAUGUUUACAUGUGGCUUGAACUGUCUCUUUGUUAACAUGUGGCUUGAACGGUCUCUGUGUUAACAUUUGGCUUAAACUAUCUCUAUGUUAACAUGUGGCUUUACCUGUCUCUAUGUUAACAUGUGGCUUAAACUAUCUCUAUUGUAACAUGUGGCUUAAACUGUCUCUAUGUUAACAUGUGGCUUGAACUGUCUCUAUGUGUAAUGUCUAUUAAACAUAAUUCUGUAUUUAUCCUGUUUUGGAAAGCUUAUGUUUUCAGUCUCAGCAGAAGUAUUAUUAUUUCAUAAUGUUCAUUAUUUAAAUAGCAAUUUGAAAUGCAUCUAUUUCAUGUUUAUUCAUUCCUGAACUGCCUCUACAUGUUAUUCUGUUUUAUGUUAAUGUGUAUCCAUCUAGUGAGUAUUAUAGGGCUGCAUCCUGGAUGUUUUAUUGUUGUUUAAUCUUUACCUUUUCUGUCUAAAAAAUCCAUGUUUUCAAUAUCAUUGUGACCAAUGCCACACUUUAAGAAGGCAAGCAUAAAUAACUUUCUCACUUACUCAGUCUGUGAUCUAAGUGCCUCUAUUUUAGGCGCAUUACCUUAUAAUCACAAUUUAAAGAUUGAAUGAUCUAUUGAUCCAGGUAUUAUGACAUUUACAUGGCUAAGUAUUCAUAUACAAUACAAGUAUUAAGUUUUCAUGAUCUAAUUAUCCUUAUAUUUUAUUUCCAUUACCUUAGUAUCCAUGCUUUCAGCUUCCAUGGUCUUUGAAUCUACGCGAUUAGUUUCCAAGACCUUUUUAUCCAUGUGUUAAGUUUCCAUGACCUUUUUUUCCAUCUGUCAAGUUUAUAUGACCUAAUUAUCCAAGUGUCAAGUUUCCAUGACCUAAUAAUCCAAGUGUCAAGUUUCCAUGACCUAAUUGUCCAUGUGUUAUGUUCCCAUGACCUUAUUUUCUAAGUGUUUUGUUUCUAUGAAUUAAGUGUGUAUACAUGUAUGUUAAGUAUCCAUACAAAGUGUGUAUCUGUAUAGUUUACAUACGUUAAGUUUGCAUCACCUAAAUAUCCAUGUAUUGAGAUUCUGUGACCUUUUUAUCAAUUUGUUAAUUUUGUUGACCAAAUUAUCCAUGUGUUUCGUUUCUGAGACCUUAUUAUCCAUUUGUGGAGUUUUUAUGCAUUUCAUGUUGUUCAUUUUUCAUUUGUUAAAGAUGAAUGUCAGAAGUUUCCAUAAACUAAUAACCUAUGUGUUAGGUUUCCCAAGUAUCCAGUUGUUUGGUGAAUAUGACUUAAUUAGCCUGUGUUAAAGUAUUCAAAUCCUGAGUAUCCAUGUGUUAAGUUCUCAUAAUGUUAUUUUACAUGUCGUUAGAAUCAAUUGCGUAUAGUAAUAAUGUC